AUGAGCAAACGAGCCAACGGUCCAAAGCUGGAAUUGGAGCUGAACUUGUCGCCGCCAAGGCGGGAACACUCGCCUGCUGAGUCUCUAAAUGUUUCGAACUUUUCUUCGUCGGAAAUUUCCGUUGAAGGCUCAUGCGUUUCAUCAGAGCCUGAAGAUCAGCCUAUGACGUUGCAGUACUCCCCAAGCAACGCGGAACCCAGAUCGAUGAUGCUUGUAGGAUGUCCCAGAUGCCUCAUGUACGUCAUGUUAUCCGAGGCUGAUCCAAAAUGCCCCAAAUGCAAGAGUACUGUCCUGCUCGAUUUCCUCAAGGAAGAAAAUGCCAGGAAUACAAGAAACUGA